AAUCUUGGAUGAUAAAGAUAUGACAGCCAAAUCUACAAAUGCAAUCUUGGAACUUACUCGAGACGAGACACUUCUGAUGCCAAAAACCUCAGAUGAUGAAGAUGGAAUCGUGUCGGUGUUAGAUGAUGGAAAUAAAAUAGUAAAACAUAAUGAUCCAGAAGAAUCCGUUAAUGAAAUAAGCGAACCUAAAUUAAGUCGAUUUGCCGUGAUGAUGACACCAUAUAUGCUGAGCGGAAUAGCAUUAGACCUCGGAAUAUGA